GCGGCAAUCAAGGACAGGAGCUACCAUCGCCGCCCUCAACGGCGCCACCGCCACCGCCUCCGCCGAGCGCCGCCGCGCCGAGCCCCCAAUCUUCGUCUUCAUAGCCUCCUCCUCCGCCCAGCCGUAACUGUUGCAGCGCUCAUCUCGCCUCAAGAUCUCUGCACACUCGGCCGCCGCAACACCGUCGCGCUCAAGCCACCUGUUCGCCGUCGCGGACGAACCCCGCAUUGCGCUCUCUCUUAUUGCAUUCGCGCGCGCGCGCGCGUUCUUACCCGAGUCAUGCAAGGCUCGUUGCGCGAGUCGCCCUUUGAGGCCUUCAAGCUCGACCAGCGAGCUCACCCGGCCGGCGAUUCCCGUCGAGUCGGGACGGUGAAGUACGUCGGACCGGUGGAGGGCCACGGCGGGACGUGGGUGGGGGUGGAUUGGGACAAUGGCGAGGGCAAGCACGACGGGUCCAUCAAUGGGGUCCGAUAUUUCCGGGCCAAGUCCGAGAAGUCCGGGUCGUUUGUUCGGAUCCAGAGCUUGAGCGGCGGCAUUUCCUUGUUAGAGGCCCUCUACGUCAGAUACCGCGGCGAGGCUACUAAGGAAGAGGAGGAUGACAUGUAUGUCCUCUCAACAAGUAACAAGCGUGUAUCAGUUGAGCUUGUUGGUAUGGAUAAGAUACAGGACAAAUUAAGCCGGUUUGAGGAGUUAAAAGCUGUAUCACUACCAUACUUAGGUGUUAGCUCUUUGGGUGAACCAUGCAAAAUCAGUGCCACUAUACCAAAUCUGAAGGAGCUAGAUUUGACAGGAAAUUUGCUUUCUGAGUGGAAGGAUGUUGGCUUGCUAUGUGAAACUUUACCAACUCUCGCUGUCGUUAAUUUGUCUAACAAUUUAAUGAGAAAGAAUGCUACUGGCAUGCCAAAGUUACAUCACUUACGUGUACUAGUCUUGAACAAUACGGGCAUAAGUUGGGAGCAGGUUGAUAUGCUUAAAGGUUCACUUCCAUCAAUUGAAGAGUUGCAUCUGAUGGGAAAUAACAUAAGCACAAUAGAAUCAGGGUCAUCCUUCAUAGAUGGAAGUUUUGAUUCUCUUCGGCUUCUCAACUUGGAAAAUAAUUCUAUAGCUGACUGGGAGGAAAUUGUGAAGCUUUCCCAGCUUAGAAGCUUGGAGCAGAUACAUUUGAACAAGAACAAGUUGAAGCGGAUAUUUUACCCUGGCAAUGAUUCAAUCGGCAGAAAGCUGAAUGAAUAUGACAUUCAUAAUGAAAGCUUUAAGCCAUUCCAAAAUUUAAGUUGUCUUCUUCUGGGGGGCAAUUGCAUUGAAGAUCUGGAAUCUCUCGACUCACUGAACUAUUUCCCUAAGCUGGUGGACAUUAGGCUUUCUGAAAAUCCAAUCACUGAUCCUGCAAAAGGUGGUGUCCCAAGAUUUGUCCAGGUUGCUCGUUUAGCAAGAGUUGAAGUACUAAAUGGGAGUGAGGUCAGAGCUCGAGAAAGGAAGGAGUCUGAGAUACGGUAUGUUCGCCUUGUUAUGUCCAGGCACGGUGACAACCCAGAGGAAAUGAAGCGUCUCCAUCCCAGAUUUAUGGAGCUUAAGGAUUUUCAUGGAAUAGAAGAUGAAAUGCCAUCAAAUGCAGCAGCAGGACCCAAGAAAAUGUCUUCAGGACUUAUAUCAAUCACUUUGAAAUGCAUUGCAGCAUCCGUGGGUGAGAAGCCCUUACAAACAAAGAAAUUGCCAGCCACCACCACGAUUGGAAAGCUGAAGCUUCUCUGUGAAAGCAUUUUUAAUUUAAAGUCCACCGGGCCAAAGUUAUAUCUACAAGAAGAGGGUUCCCCUCUGCCGACAUUGCUCGAUGACGAAAUGGCAUCUCUAGUGGACCUCGGAAUAGACAGUUCUUCGAUUAUUCUCAUAGAUGAAGAGAGCUAGUCAAAGUUACGCGGAUGGCUGGGUCCUUUCACCGGCAUGGGCGUGGGGGCAUGGGUAAUGUCGGACAUCAUCCAACUCCACAAGAUUCAUCUUUUCUGGUGAUUCAUGUUUCCCAACUUAUGUUCUUUGCUGUCAUUUAUAUUGAACAUUUUUGUAAUACUCAGAUAAUUAGUUUGAGAUACUUCAUAUGCCAUGUGAACUGGAAAGAUAUCUGCAAGGUUUUGAAACUCUUAAAAUCUUUUUUCCAUCUA